CUUAGAUUCUGUGGGCUGUGCAGUCACUGAGGCGCGCAGCCAUUUUCGGCCGCUGAAACUUUCUGUGGUAUUUUAUUGCGAACACUGAAUCUGUCUAAGAGUGGCGCCUAAGUCAUUUGCAGCGUCUGCUAUGUAUGUUGAGGAGAUCUCCCACACCACUGGAGUGACUUUGUUCCUCUGUGCCUUUGCUCUGCUUUUGCUGGUUGUUCAUGGUCGAUGGAGAGAACCAAGGUGCUCCUUGCCCCCGGGUCCCACACCUUGGCCUCUUGUGGGAAACCUUUUCCAGAUGGGAGAACAGAUCCAUUUGUCAUUAACAAACCUGAGGGUUCAGUACGGAGAUGUGUUCCAGAUGAAAAUGGGUUCUCUUGUGGUGGUCGUUUUGAGCGGCUAUUCUACCAUCAAGGAGGCUUUGGUACGUCAAGGAGAGGCGUUUGCUGGACGUCCUGACUUCUUUACCUUCUCUGCUGUUGCUAAUGGCACUAGCAUGACGUUUAGUGAGAAGUAUGGAGAAGCUUGGGUGCUUCACAAAAAGAUCUGCAGAAAUGCCCUGAAGACCUUCUCCCAAGCUGAGUCCAGAGACUCAAGUGCUUCUUGUCUUUUGGAGGAACGUAUCUGUGCAGAGGCCAUGGAUAUGGUGGAGACUCUGAAGGAACAAGGAGAUGAGGUUGGAGAUUUAGGGCUCGACCCGGUUAAGUUGCUAGUGACCUCGGUUGCCAAUGUGGUUUGCACUCUUUGUUUUGGGAAGCGGUACGCCCAUGACGAUAAAGAGUUCCUCACCAUCGUCGACAUCAAUAGCGAAGUGCUGCGCCUCUUUGCUGCGGGGAAUCUGGCAGAUUUUUUUCCCAUCUUCCGUUACCUGCCGAGUCCAUCUCUGCGAAAGCUGGUCCAGUGCAUUCAAAGAAUGAAUAACUUCAUGGAGCGCAACAUCAGUGAACAUCUCAUCACCUUCGACAGGAAUUGUAUCCGGGACAUCACUGAUGCCCUAAUAGCAAUGUGUGAGGACAGGCAGGAGGAAGAAGAAACAGCAAUGCUUAGCAACUCGCAGAUCAUCCACAGUGUCCUUGACAUCUUCGGAGCCGGUUUUGACACGAUCACCACCGGUUUGCAGUGGAGCCUUUUAUAUCUGAUCAAGUUUCCAGACAUCCAGGCCAAAAUCCUUCAGGAGAUAGAAAGCCAGGUUGGUAUGAACAGGUUACCACAGUUUAAAGACAAGCCAAACAUGCCGUACGCAGUAGCUUUCAUAUAUGAAGUGUUUCGUCAUGCAUCCUAUAUGCCUUUCACCAUACCUCACUGCACCACUGAUAACAUAACACUAAAUGGAUACUUCAUUCCCAAAGACACAUGCGUGUUCAUCAACCAAUAUCAAGUCAAUCAUGACGUGGAUAUUUGGGCUGAUGCUGAGGCUUUCCGACCUGAACGUUUCCUCACCGUGUCUGGCCAUUUAAACAAAAACCUGACUGAGAAGGUAAUGAUAUUUGGCAUUGGAAUACGCCGCUGCCUCGGUGACAGCUUUGCCCGUCUGGAGAUGUUUUUGUUCUUAACCACCCUGCUCCAUCAGCUGCACAUAGAGAAUGUUCCGGGGCAGGAGCUUGACCUGAGCUCUACAUUUGCCCUCACCAUGAAGCCCAGGCCCUUCCGAAUAAAAAUCUCAACUCGUAACUAAGCUGUAUUUCAGAUAUUACAUGUACACUAAAUGGACCACGUAUAAAAUGCACCUCAGAACGGUUGCUACAAAGCUAAUAUUGGGCAUCACUGAACUGCUAAGCUAAUUAACCACUACAGUCUUCAUUUCUUAUGUGGUCUGUUCGGCUCAGCUGUUACUUGAAUAUUUGUUGUGUACUCUAAAGCAUGCCCCGUCAUUAUUUCUGAUAAUACAUGAUAGCUAAGCUUCAGUUACUGCUUGUAUUUUUAGCACAGAUAUUUGAAGUAUGAUGGUUUAAGAUGUUAAAGUUGUUUCCGUGACAUUGAAGGUUUAAAGAGGUAUGCCUUUUGAAAAGGUGCUUUCUGUUAAAUGUAAAUAUUAUAAAAUGUAAAUAUUAUAAAAUUACUAUUAAAUGUAUUCUCAAAUUA